AUGAAAACGAAGCUGAACCACUGCACGAACCGCGCCUGGCCAGAGGAUCUGGAGGAUCUGGAGGAUCUGCAGUUCCUUCUGACGAGCUAUGGGGAGGGAGUCUGGGAGAUUGCGGAUCAGCUCGAUGAGGAGGAUCGGGAGUCCUUUCUCGAGUGGGAGGAGGUGAGGAGGUUGGAUCGGGAGUCGAGGGAGAGGUGGAGGCGGGUGCUUGGUCUGGACGGGGGAGAGGAGACUGCUGCUGGGUACUACUACUAG